AUGACCGGCAAGAACUUGUCAAAUCCAAGCAAUCCUGCAAUAAAUAAUAACACUAAUUCUGUGCCAUCUCCAAGUAUGAACAAUAAUGCAAUGGUUUCUCCAGCAAAAAUUACAACUAGUUCAACAAAUAUGGCAUCACCUCAACCUUCUGUACCAAACCUGAGUGCUGCUGCUAAUAUGAACUCACAACAUCACUCUACCUCAGGCCCACUCAAUACUACGGCACCUUCCAACUCUCAUGCGAUGACUACAAACGUGGCACCAUUGACUAGCAUGCCUCAAAAUUUUCCUGUCGCAUAUAAUGCUGCAUCGCCGCAAGGACUAGUAAAUCCUGCAAUGUUGCCGACAAGAAUGAGAAAUGGUCCCAUAUCAAUCCAAAACUCUAGUCCUAUGCAUAAUUUUGGAAGACAAAUGACAUCAGAGCAAGCAAAUCAUAUGAACACUGUCAAUUCGCUGACAAACAGUACUAUGCCGACUAUAAAAACUGAACCCAAUUACAUGAUGGGACAGCCUGUAAUGGCUAUGAACCAGGGAGGAAUGGCUGUGAACCAAGGCGGAAUGGCCUUGGGAGAGGUAAGAUUAAAAUAAUUGAUUGUAUUUCCAGGUAAAUAAUCACGGUUAAGUAACCCCUUAUUUUACUUGAGUUUGUGUUUUUUCUUCAUCUGAUUGUUGAAUGAAUCUAGAUUGUUUUCAUACCGCACAAUUUAUUAUUUUGCUCUGUCUAAUGCCAAAUGAUUUUACUUUGUGUAUAAUGCCAGAUUAUUUUACUCUGUCUAAUACCAGACGAUUUUACUCGUCAAGGGUUGAGCACUGGCACUUGAUGUGCCAACAGCCUAUUUAGAUGAACCUGGCUAGGUUGGAUGGGACUGUUGCUAAAUCCCACUCCUAAGAUGUGAUAAUCUGAUCCUACUUCCAUUUGAUCCUGCCUGGUGGGGCGGGAAAUUCCCAUUUUCAACACUCUAUCCUGGCUAUAGUCCGAAUGAACUUGGCACAGAGCCCGCAUCAAUGCCGGCAUGGAAGUCUUACAUAGAGAUGUCUUUAAAAGGUUUUUCUAUCCAUAAUAUCCAUUCGCGCUUGCUUUCUCUUGCUGAUUUCCAUAUUUUGCAUCAAGUGAUGUUUCAUGUAUACGUGGAAGCACAUGUAUUGAAAGGCCUUCGCUUCGGCAGUCCGGCUAAGUCUGGCGAAACUGGCACUCUAGACUGGCGAAACUGGCGCUCUGGCAAAACUGGCGCUCUGGCGAAACUGGCGCUCUGGCGAAACUGGCGCUCUUGCAUUACUGGCAAAACUGGUGCUUUGGCGAAACUGGUGCUCUGGCAAAACUGGCGCUCUGGCAUUACUGGCAAAACUGGCGCUCUGGCAAACUGGCACUCUGGUAAAGCUGGCAAACUGGCGCUCUCGGGCAAACUGGUGCUCUGGCAAAACUGGCAAAACUGGCACUCUGGCAAACUGGCGCUCUGGCAAAACUGGCGCUCUGGCAAAACUGCAUGGCGCUCUGGCAAAACUAGCAAACUGGCGCUCUGGCAAAACUGGCGCUCUAGCAAAACUGGCGCUCUGGCAAAACUGGCGCUCUGGCAAAACUGCAUGGCGCUCUGGCAAAACUAGCAAACUGGUGCUCUGGCAUUACUGGCGCUCUGGCAAAAAUGGCACUCUGGCGAAACUGGCGCUCCGGCAGAUGGGUAAAAAGCCAAAAACGUAG